AAUAAUAAUAAUAAUAAUCUUAUCAAUAAUAAUAACACGAAUCAUCACCAUCAUCGACAACAACAAAAAUUGCGUCAUAGUAUCUCUACAACAAUAACAUCUGAUGGUGGUGGUGGUUGUUGUACUACUACAGAUAAAUUAACCAUUUCAUCUGAUAGUAGUGGUUCAUGUAUUCAUAAUCAAUUUGGUGAUGAUUAUCGUGAUGUUUUCAUUGAUCCAAGACAUUUGGAUGAAAUUAAAGGCCAUGAUGAUCAUAUAAAUCAGAAUUGGCGUUCUAAAGAACGUAUGAAAACCGUAAGCGUUGGUAUUGUUCUUUGUUUGAAUAUCGGUAUUGAUCCACCGGAUAUAAUCAAACCAAUUCCACAUGCAGUUUUACAAUCAUGGACCGAUCCAUUUGCAUCAGCUGCUAGUAAAGCUUCCGAUACAAUAGCUAAUAAUCUAAUGAAACAAUAUGAACGAUUGAAUUCACGUCCACGUUAUAAACAUUUGAUUGAUCCAACUAUUGAAGAUGUAAAAAAAUUAUGCACAUCAUUGCGUAAAAAUUCGAAAGAAGAACGUGUUUUAUUUCAUUAUAAUGGACAUGGUGUUCCGAAACCAACACUUAAUGGCGAAAUAUGGGUAUUCAAUCGUAACUAUACCCAGUAUAUACCUUUGUCAUUGUAUGAUCUUCAACAAUGGAUGGGUUCGCCAUCAAUCUAUGUAUUUGAUUGUUCAAAUGCCGGUAUAAUUCUCGAGAUAUUUCAACAAUCCGCCAUACAACAUCAAAAAGAAUAUGAAAUGAAUAUAAAUUCUGGAGCUUUUCUGACUACAAAAGAUGUUGAUCUGGUCAAUGGCAGCAUGCGACCACCACCGGUUCCAAAUUAUCAAAAUUGUAUACUAUUGGCUGCAUGUAGCAAAGGUGAAAUACUGCAAUUACAUCCAGAUCUUCCAGCCGAUGUUUUUACAUCUUGUCUUACGACUCCCAUCAAGACAUAUUUACUAUGGUUUCUCAAAAAGAAUGGUCGAAAAUUAACGCCUGAAUAUACAUUAGAUUUUAUUGAUAAAAUUCCUGGCCAAACAAAUGACCGUAAAUCGAUUCUUGGUGAAUUACAUUGGAUUUUCACUGCCGUUACCGAUACUAUUGCAUGGAACACUUUGCCACGUGAACAAUUUCAACGCCUUUUCCGUCAGGAUUCAUUGGUGGCCAGUUUAUUUCGAAACUUUCUACUCGCUCAACGUAUACUACGUUGUUAUGAUUGUACACCUGUAUCUAAUCCAUAUAUAAAAUCUACUCAUUCACAUCCAAUGUGGGAAGCAUGGGAUUUUGCCGUCGAUCAUUGUUUAUCACAAUUAUUUAAAAAUGAAGAAAUCAAAACUAAUCCACAAAUUUAUGUACCAUCGCCAUUUUUUGCUGAACAAUUGACCGCUUUUCAAGUAUGGCUCAAAUUAGAUUCACAUUUACGAACGAUGCCAGAAAAAUUGCCAAUCGUACUUCAAGUUCUUCUUAGUCAAGCUCAUCGUUGUCGUGCACUUGAUUUGCUGGGUAAUUUUUUAAAUCUUGGUUCCUGGGCAGUAAAUCUGGCCUUAUCGGUUGGAAUUUAUCCCUAUGUACUUAAAUUGCUACAAACAUCUGCUCGAGAGCUUCGACCAUUUCUAGUGUUUAUAUGGGCUAAAAUAUUAGCUAUCGAUGAAAGUUCACAGAAUGAAUUGAUACGUGAUAAAACACAUCGAUAUUUUAUGGUAGUUUUAACCGAUUCUAACAUAUCAAUCAAUCAUCAAGUUAUGAGUGCUUUCAUAUUAUCCGUAAUGAUUCGCCAUAAUCCGAAUGGACAACGAGUUGUUAUACAGAAUAAUUCUGAUUGUCAAUUUGGAUCGAUAAUUGAUAUUGCCCUCAAUCUAUUGAUGGAUGAUACAUAUGAUCAUCCGAAUCUAAAGAAAUGGCUGAUAAUUUGUUUGGGUAAUGUAUGGGAAAAUAAUGAAGACAAUCGAUGGCUGGCUACUAGAAAUGCUGUGCACGAACAACUCUAUUCAUCACUUAAUCAUUCCGUGCCUGAAGUUCGAGCUUCUACCGUUUUUGCCUUAGGUACAUUCAUCAAUAGCAUUACACAACGUAAUGAACAUGCAAAUGAAAUUGAUCGAAAUAUUGUGUCCAUAUUAUUACAAAAAGUCUAUUAUGAUUCAUCACCUUUGGUUCGAAAAGAAUUGUUGGUGGCGUUGCAUUGGUUUAUAUUGAUUUUUGAAAAUAAUUUUCUACCAAUUUUUCGUAAAAAAGCCUUCGAAGAUCAUAUUGCUCGUCAACAUGAUCCGAAUAAAUUUUCUGUAAAAGAUGCAAUUUUUGAUUCAUCAAUUCAUCAGUCAAUGUUAUCGGUAAAUCACAACAAUAAUAGUGUUAACAUUCCAAUUAGUUUCACAGCAGCUGAUUUCAUCAUCAAUUUAAAAGGUGAUCCAGGGUUUAAUGUUCGACAAAUGUCACGUGAAAGAAUUUCUCAAAAGCUAUUAACAGUGCCAGAAAAUACCAAUUCAGAUGCUAAAUUGAACAAAAUCAAUGAGUUUACUAACUCUUUAAUAACUCAAAUUACACCACCAAAUAGCGUUCAAAUGAAACAUUCACAUUCAUUUAGUUCCCCAUUGAACGCCUCGACACAAUCAUUGACUAGUAUUUUCGACAGGGUAUGGCAUGUGAUUGAAUUGUAUCGAAUGGAUCCAUAUCCAGAAGUAGCAAGCUUAGCAUCUAUCAUUUAUAAUGAUAUCAGUUCAAAAGCAUUCACAAGCAAAGAUAAUUGUUCUGAUUCAUCGGAACCAUCAUCGCCUACUAAUCGUUCGAAAUAUCUUUCAAAUGAAUCCCCAUUAACUAAUUCAAUGGAGUAUGUUGAAAAGCCACUUUCAAUGAACAAUGAACAAAUGAAACAUCAUUCUGGUCGUGUAUCUGUAUCCGGUUUAACCAGUCCAUAUCUGCCUCAUUCUAGUAAUCAUGCACUAUUCAUCAAUCAAUAUACAAUGAAAAGAAAAAUCUUUGGAAAAGAUCCUUCGUUGUUGAAUGAAAAGAAAGAUCAUAGAUAUGCUCCCUCUACAAAUGGAUUAUGUGAUAAUAAUAAUAUACCAGCCAAUUCGAGUAAAGAAUCGAUAUCUCCUCAAAAUAAUUCAAUCAGCGAAUAUCAAGCUUGUCGAAAACCACUAAUAACGACAGCAUUUGUUGAUUGGUGCACCAAACAAUUUAGUCAACCAUGUUCACCUGCCGGUAUCUGUUGCUGUGCAAAUACGGAGCUCAAUUAUCAUGAUGAAAUUAGUGAAUGGCGAAUGAAUAUUAUACAAAAUUAUUAUUGUCAAGCUAAAACCAAGCUUCUACAUGAUGAUCUUGUCACAACGAAUAAACCACGAAAAGAGACGAAAAAAAUGAUGGCUCAUUUAAUGAAAUUUCAUCCAUUUGAAAAAUAUCUAGUUACAGCCGAUGAUCAUAAUUUUUCACUUUGGAACUAUUCAAAUUCGAAUGCCCCUGUUGUAGCCGCUGAUUACUAUGACGUACAAACAUUUAAAAAUGAUCAACUUUCUAGUGCCAAAAUAACCGAUUUGCAUAUAAUUAAUACUCAUGGAAGAGCAUUACUUUUGGUCGCCACUGAUGAUAGUGCUAUUCGUGUUUGGCGUAAUUUAUUUCCAUUAACAUUUUCUGAAGUAUCCAUGAAAGAAUAUGAAUCAUCAUCAUCUGAUGGUCACCGAUUAUCUGUGCCAAAAUUAUCAUCGGCUUUUUUCAUGUUUGAAGAUUUACCGUUGCGAACGGAAUCUCGAAAACGAUUUGUAAUGGCCUAUGAUGACCAAAAACAAAGAAUCAUAGCUGGUGGUGAUAACAAGACCAUUCGAAUUUGGGAUGCUAAUCAUGAAAGUAAAAUCCGGGAUAUUGUCACUGGAAGCGAUGUUGUCACGUCAAUACAAACUGCUGCUGAUUCCAAUCAUUUUAUUUCUGUUGGUUGUGAAGAUGGAGCUGUUCGUGUAUUCGAUGAUCGUGUCAUGUCAAACGAUGGUCGUGUAUUAUCGUUUACAUCAAAAAUGACACCAGUUAUUAAUGCGAAAUUUCAAACACAUUCAGAUUCUAUAAAUAUGGUCAGUGGACAUGCUAAUGGUGAUAUUUGUUGGUAUGAUAAACGUAUUACAACCAAAGCAGUUCGUAUUGAAUGUACAAAAAAGCCAAUCACUUCGAUGGUGUUUCAUGAUCUAACUGAUGUGUUUGCAUGUGCCUUUGAUUAUGAAAAUUCUGAAAUUCAAUACUUUUCAUGGGAUACAUUCAAAGGAUUGACGUUAAAAACUCGUAAUCGAUAUGUGCAGAAUAUUUCGUUUCAUCCGCUUAAAGCAAAAAUUGCAAUAGCCACUUCAGACUCGACAGUUACCAUAUACAAAUCCUCAUUGCGUACUCCUUUUAUUUAUAAUUUAUUGUAAAUAACCAAAGUUU